CUUCACCUGUUUCCUGUCACUCUAGUGAUUUCCACUUAUCCUAAAUAUAUAGUAGAAUUCUGCAUUCUGUGCCUCUUCAACUACAGGAUGAUCCAUUACACAUCACUUAUGAAUAUCUCUGAGGAGGAGAGACAGGGCUUCUAUGGCAGUGACUCCCACCAAGAGAACAUUGUCUUUUCUACAUUUUACAUCCUGAUGUUCAUCAUCGCUGUGCCUGGGAAUGCUUUGGCGCUGUGGGCCUUCUUCCGCCAGGACAGCAAGUCUCCAUCAGUGGUCUUCCUGAGGCACCUUUCUGUAGCAGACAUUUCGUACAUCCUCAUUUUACCAAUGCGUAUGGUUUACCACCUGUCUGAUAGCCACUGGCCGUUUGGACAUGUCAUCUGUCAACUAUCAGGCUUCCUCUUUUACCUAAACAUGUACUGCAGCCUCUACUUAAUGAGCCUGAUCAGCCUGGACACUCUGGCAGUGGUUCUACCCAUAAAAGCACAGUCAGUUCGGAGGGUUAAAUAUGCAAAUAUAGCUGUUGGCAUUCUUUGGGUGACAGUUAUUGUGUCUAUGAGUCCUAUGCUUUUUUCUAAAAAGAAUGUGACCAACAACUCAACUGGCAUCUGCAUCAAGCUGUACUUAGAAAAGACAUCUCACACAGCUUUGGUCUCUACUGUUGUGGCAUUUGUUAUUCCCCUCACCACAAUUGUGGUUUCCUAUUUACUGAUUGUGUUGAAACUAAGGACACUCAAACAACAAGAAAAACGACCCAUGAAAGACAAAGCCAUAAAGAUGAUCAUUCUCAUUGUGAUAAACUUCCUUCUUGCAUUUGUACCCUACCAUGUGAGUCGGGUUAUCUAUAUUGUAAUUCACAAUCGUGGCAAUGUGACUGCAGCAACCCAUGAGUCACUGAGAAGAGCCAAUCAGAUCACGUCUGCACUUACCUGUGUCAGUGGUGUACUGGACCCUGUCAUGUAUUUUUUCCUGAACCACACAUACAGGAACAUGUUGCUCCAGCUGUUCUGUAAAAAUAGGGCCAAUGACCAACAAGCAACAUCAUCUAGAUAAUAAACAUCUUCAACCAAA